UUUCCAGCUCCGCUUAUCACAGCACUAUUUCUAACAUGCCAUAAUUUCCUCACCGGCGUGUGAGCCUGCGUCCGUGUGUGUGUGGUGUGGUGUGGUGUGGUUUGCGCGUCUGACCCCGGAAAUCAGAUGUCAUUGCCCGCCGCGGCUGCUUGUGGAUCCCCCGUGGCCGAGGGUGCGAUGCCAGGCUCAGGCUCAGGCUCAGGCUCCGACCGGGACUAGCGGCGCGCCGUGACCGCGCAGCGCCGUGACCGCGCAGCGCGGACCCGCUCCAGCCGCUCCAGCAGCGCCGAGACUGCGGCUGUCAUUGAUCCGCCUCCGUGAGCCGCAUCUGACAAAUUAGAAGCCAAGAUGAUGUGCGAGGUGAUGCCCACCAUCAGCGAGGACACGGCGCUGAGCCAGCGCGGCUCUCAGAGCAGCGCCUCGGACCCGGACUCCCACUUCGAGCAGCUGAUGGUGAAUAUGCUGGACGAGAGGGACCGGCUGCUGGACACGCUGAGGGAAACCCAGGAGAGCCUGGGUCUGUCCCAGCAGCACCUUCAGGAUGUCAUCUACGACCGGGACUCGCUGCAACGGCAGCUUAGCUCCGCCCUGCCACAGGAGUUUGCUGCACUGACCAAGGAGCUGAACGCCUGCAGGGAGCAGCUUCUGGAGAAGGAGGAGGAGAUCUCGGAGCUCAAAGCCGAGAGGAAUAACACCCGGUUACUCCUGGAACAUCUGGAGUGCCUGGUGUCCAGGCACGAGCGCUCGCUGCGGAUGACGGUGGUCAAGCGGCAGGCUCAGUCUCCCUCGGGAGUCUCGAGUGAGGUGGAAGUCCUCAAAGCACUCAAGUCCUUGUUUGAACACCAUAAAGCCCUCGAUGAGAAGGUGAGAGAGCGACUACGAGUGUCACUGGAGAGGGUGUCCGCCUUGGAGGAAGAGCUCACAGCAGCCAAUCAGGAGAUUGUGGCCUUAAGAGAGCAAAAUGCUCACAUCCAGAGAAAGGUUGCGUCUGGAGACGGAGCAGAGGACCUCCUGGAGGGCAGUGAAGCUCAGCAAAAGGUCCACAGCAAGCGUUUGUCCAACGGCUCCCACGAGUCGGCCCGGGAGGCGAGCCAGGUGGUGGAACUGCAGGACCUGCUGGAGAAGCAGAACUACGAGCUGGCUCAGAUGAAGGAGCGCAUGUCCUCGCUCUCCUCCCGGGUCUCUGAGGUGGAGCAGGAGCUGGAGACGGCCCGCAAAGACCUCAUCAAAUCAGAGGAGAUGAACAACAAGUACCAGAGGGACAUCAAAGAGGCCAUGUGCCAGAAGGAGGACAUGGAGGAACGGAUCGUCACGCUGGAGAAACGUUACCUGAGCGCACAGCGAGAGUCCACCUCCGUUCACGACAUCAAUGACAAACUGGAGAACGAGUUGGCCAACAAAGAGGCCUUCCUCAGACAGAUGGAGGAGAAGAACAGGCAGCUUCAGGAGCGGCUGGAGCUCGCGGAGCAGAAGCUCCAGCAGACCAUGAGGAAGGCUGAGACGCUCCCGGAGGUGGAAGCCGAACUGGCCCAGAGGAUAGCUGCCCUCACCAAGGCGGAGGAGCGUCACGGGAGCAUUGAAGAGCGAAUGAGGCACUUGGAGUGCCAGCUGGAGGAGAAGAACCAGGAGCUGCUCAGGGCUCGGCAGAGAGAAAAGAUGAACGAAGAGCACAACAAGCGGCUGUCGGACACCGUGGACAGACUCCUGACCGAGUCCAACGAGCGCCUGCAGCUCCACCUGAAGGAGAGAAUGUCGGCUCUGGAAGAGAAGAAUGUGUUAAUCCAAGACUCGGACGGCUACAGGAAACAGUACGAGGAGUCGCUCCAAGAGAAAUCGCAGCUGGCAGAGGAGAUUGAGAAACUCAGAUCGGAGCUCGAUCAAUUCAGACUGAGGGCAGGCUCCCUCACAGAACCCACUCUGUCACGGUCUCAUCUGGACACUUCAGCCGAGCUGCGGUUCUCUCUGGGGUCUCUGGCGGAGACCCAGUCGGACCACUACCGCUCAGCCAAAGUCAUCCGCCGGCCGCGGAGAGGUCGGAUGGGCCUGCGUGAAACCAAGGCCAAAUCACUGGGGGAGCACGAGUGGCGCUCACAGCAGCUCGGGGUCCUGGGAGGCCACCACUUUGAGAGUGACACGGAGAUGUCGGACAUCGACGACGACGACAGGGAAACGUUGUUCAGCUCCAUGGAUUUGCUGUCCCCCAGCGGCCACUCCGACGCACAAACCCUGGCCAUGAUGCUACAGGAGCAGCUGGACGCCAUCAACAAGGAGAUCCGGCUCAUUCAGGAAGAGAAGGAGUCCACGGAGCUGCGGGCGGAGGAGAUCGAGAACCGAGUGGCCAGCGUCAGCCUGGAGGGCCUCAACCUGGCCCGAAUGCACCACGGCGCCUCCAUCACUGCCUCGGCCACCGCCUCGUCCCUGGCCUCCUCGUCUCCUCCCAGCGGACACUCCACGCCCAAGCUGGACCCGCGAAGCCCCGCCCGGGACAUGGAGCGCAUGGGGGUCAUGACACUGCCCAGUGAUCUGAGGAAGCACAGGAGAAAGAUAGCAGCGGUGGAGGAGGACGGCCGAGAGGACAAGGCCACCAUCAAGUGUGAGACGUCCCCCCCUCCCACGCCGCGCACCGUGCGAAUGACACACACACUGCCAGCCUCGUCGCACAACGAUGCCCGGGGGAUCGCGGCCUCUCUGGAGGCGGACGCCAGUGCCCUGAGUAGCGUAGCCAGCAGCCAAGACUCCCUCCACAAGCAGCCCAAGAAGAAGGGCAUCAAAUCCUCCAUCGGACGGCUGUUUGGCAAGAAGGAGAAAGGCCGAAUGGGCCAUCUAGCACACCGGCAGGUCAUGGUGGAUCCACAAGCAACCAUGAUGGAUUCGGACACGUCGGGCCAGGACAUGGCGGUGGGCAAGUUGGGAACUCAGGCCGAAAAGGACCGCAGAUUGAAGAAGAAACAUGAGCUUCUGGAGGAGGCCAGGAGAAAAGGUUUACCGUUUGCCCAGUGGGACGGCCCCACAGUCGUAGCCUGGUUGGAGCUGUGGCUGGGAAUGCCAGCCUGGUAUGUGGCGGCGUGCCGAGCCAACGUGAAGAGCGGUGCCAUCAUGUCGGCCCUCUCAGACACCGAGAUCCAGAGGGAGAUCGGGAUCAGCAAUCCACUGCAUCGGCUCAAACUCCGCUUGGCCAUCCAGGAAAUGGUUUCCCUCACCAGCCCUUCUGCCCCGCCCACCACCAGAACUCCGUCAGGCAACGUAUGGGUGACCCAUGAGGAGAUGGAGACUAUGGCAGCCCCUUCCAAAACGAAGUCAGACUCUGAAGAAGGGAGCUGGGCACAGACUCUGGCGUACGGGGACAUGAAUCACGAGUGGAUAGGCAACGAGUGGCUGCCCAGUCUCGGACUACCUCAGUACCGCAGUUACUUCAUGGAGUGCCUGGUGGACGCCCGCAUGUUAGACCACCUCACCAAGAAGGACCUGAGGGUGCACCUUAAGAUGGUGGACAGCUUCCACAGAACAAGUUUACAGUACGGCAUCAUGUGUCUGAAGAAGCUCAACUAUGACAGAAAGGAGCUGGAGAGACGCCGGGAACACAGCCAACAUGAGAUAAGAGAUGUGCUGGUGUGGAGCAACGAGCGCGUCAUCCGCUGGGUGCAGAGCAUAGGCCUGAGGGACUACGCCAACAUCCUGCUGGAAAGCGGCGUCCACGGAGCUCUCGUCGCCCUGGACGACAACUUUGACUACAGCAGCCUGGCGCUCCUCCUCCAGAUUCCCAAUCAAAACACUCAGGCACGUCAGAUUCUGGAGCGGGAGUACAAUAACCUGCUGGCGCUGGGAACCGACAGGAGAUUGGACGAGUGCGAUGACAAGGACUUCCGGGGUCCGUCAUGGCGGAGGCAGUUCCCCCCCCGGGACAUUCACGGCAUCAGCAUGAUGCCCGGAUCGGCAGAAACGCUCCCCGCCGGCUUCCGUCUCACCACGACGUCUGGUCACUCCCGAAGACUGCCCCCUGAGGUGCUCUAUGAGGCGCUGGAUGACAGUCCUGACGACAUGUAUUUGGACUGGUUUCAAGUCGGACCGUCUACGGUGCAACGGCUGGACAGCUCCACGGUGAGAACCUACUCCUGCUGAGAGGAGGAAGAGGGAGACCUUAAACUGUACGCUGUGCAGUUCUAACCGGAGCCUCGUCUGUGGAGCCGCGGGAUACACCGACCUGCUCCAGAUCAAAACAAUCGGAUGACACGCACUGCCAAGAAGCCCCCCUCUCCUCCCCCCGCCCCGCUCCCCCCCGACCCUGCGGGCAACCCACGCCGGUGCUAAACUGUCCUGCAGGCUGCCCUGUUGUCACCAUUUCUACCUUUUACAUGUACAGUAACUUGUCAAAGCAUAAUGUACUGUGUAUUUCUUCUACAGGAGAUGUGUAGGUUAUCUGUAAAUUAAUAUAAAUAUGCCAUUUUUAAUAUAUAUAUAAAUAUAUAUAUAAAUAUAUAUAUAUAAAUACACACACUCACAUCUAUGUAUAAAAAGAUAUUCAGUUUGUGCAAAAAAAAAAAAAAAUGUCCCUGCCACCUCAUUUAGUGGACCAUAGAUUAAUAUAUGCUGCUCUUUAAACUCUCUAUAUUACCCCAGUUCCUUUAGAUCAUUUUGUACAUAUGGUUUUAUUUUUUCAUUGUGAUGAUGAUGAACUUGUAGAGGAAGAGACUCUGGAUGUUGUGCAAACCUGCCCUCUAGUGGUGCCUCAUUUUAGCACCGACAAGCGUCUUUUCUUAUGGACUAUCCACCUGUCACGAAAGGAGGAACUAAAGAUGCAUCACGACACUGAGGGAGGGGAAAAAAAACUACUAAAUCUGAUGGACUAUGCGGUAGCCAAGGAUUCAAACAAAGAGACGCUGUUGCUCUCUGCAGUUGCACAAAAAUGUCCUCUCAGAACAAAAAAAAAACAGAAAAAAAAGAGCGGUGCGCCAUUCGUAGACCCUGUCACUAGUUGUACUGUAUGUUUUGUCAGGCGACGCGUUAACACAAAGUACACUUAUAGCCGAGCUGGCCUUCUCCCCCUCCCCUCAGACACCGCGUUACUGAACAGAUGAAAUAACUGAAAGACAGACUGCUGUAGCUCGUAGUGUGUCUUAGAGUGUAUAUGAUCAUGUUGAAGUGAGGUGACUUAAUGACAAAAAAAAAGUACUAAUAAAAAUAUCUGUUGCUUGCUGUGAUUACAUUUGGUGUAACUGUUAACUCUUUGUUUCCGUCUGGGUUUCUCGGGGCUCUUCUACAGCCCCGUUAUCUGUCUUUUAGUUAUUUCUGAUUGGACGUCGAGGCAAGUCUUAACACUUUUAUUUUCCAUUUGUUUUUACAUCUUCAAUUUGCACGGCCGAGGAAUCGUUUUUAUUUUGUUUCCAUUUUUUUUUUAUUUAUUACUUCUUGUACUUUGGUCAGAACUAAGUGGUGAGCAAACAAA